UUUUUCAGAAUAGUAUUUCGUUGGACGCUGAUCGAGGUAGAUGUGCUCUGCACACCGUAUAUCAUUUAAAGAAGUUUGUUAAGUGAGAAAAAAUAAAUAUAAAAAGAAAAAGAAAAGAGAGUAAUAAAGCGUGAGUGAGUGCAUAGCAAUAAGAUGUCAGCGAAUUCAAGUAAAAAAAGAGAAUCGGAGGCGGUGAAGAGCGCGCCCGAAGCGGGAGAUUAAGCUGCAACAGCACCUAAUGUACCACCACCCGCCGCUAUGGCUGCUGCGCGCCAAAUGCCCGACUGGCUGAAGGGAGAAUUAUUCGUGGAUCUGCUCAAGAAGAACGUGCCGGAUUUUAAGGCGAUUAAAAGUUUCAGCGCCAAGCCAGCUCAAAAUGCAGGCGAAAAUUAUGCCACACUAAUGGCUUUGGUGCAAAUGGAAGUGGAGCUUGAAACUGGAAAAACGAAACAGCUAUCCUAUAUGUUGAAACUGCCAAUUGACUCGGUGCAAAAGAUGAUGAUGGGUCACAAUAUAUUCGACACCGAAAGCACCAUGUACCGUGAUGUGAUACCCGAAUUGGAACAGCUGUAUAAUGACGUUGGUGUUAAAGUGAAAUUCGCGCCACAAUACUAUGAGCUACAGACGCCAUCCGAAUUCGGUGCUAUACUCCUGGAAGAUUUGCGUCAGCGCAGCUUCAAGAAUGCCAAUCGCUUGGAAGGUUUCGAUAUGGAGCAUAUUAAAUGUGUUUUAAAAAAGCUAGCACAAUGGCAUGCCGCCUCAGCGGUGCGCGUUGAAAGCAAGGGCCCAUAUCCAAAACUUAUCGCUACCGGAAUUCUCACCGAGCAAUUUUUAGAGAUUUUUAAAGCUAUGAAUGAAUCGAGUACAAAAUUGUUUAACGAGUGUGUGCGCACAUAUAAGGGGCAUGAAGAGUACAUAGAAAGCAUGGAAAGGAGCCAAGAUAAGAGGUUCGACAACUUUCGUUCGAUGCUACAUAUCGAUCCAAAUGAAUUUAAUGUUUUGAAUCAUGGCGAUUUUUGGGCCAACAAUAUCAUGUUCCAAUAUGACGCGUUCGGUAAAAUUAGGGAAACAUGUUUCGUUGAUUUUCAGCUGUCGCGUUAUGGACCACCGGUGCAUGACCUGUACAAUGUGCUGCUCUCUUCGACACAAUAUGAAAUCAAGUUGAAAUAUUUUGAAUAUUUCAUCAUGUAUUACCACAACCAUCUGAUUGAGAAUUUGAAAUUGCUGAACUAUCCCAAAAAAUUGCCCGCCUUGAAAGAUCUACACAUAGCGUUGUACAAAUAUGACUUUUGGGGUCCUGCUGUGGUUUCGGGUCACAUGGGCAUAGUGCUGCUCGAUCCCACCGAUGUGGCUAAUGCUGAUAACUUAUUUGGCAACACACCAGGUGGUAUGGAAUUAAAAAAACUGAUGUAUACGAAUGACCGAUAUCGCAAACACGCCGAGGCAGUCUUACCAUGGCUGCAUAAUCGCGGUGCUUUUGAGUGAUAAAAGAAACGGAAGUGAUAACAAAUUUUUUGCAAACAAGUUGAAUAUUUAUAUACGAGUAUUCACAGUUUUGCGAGCUUUUUAUAAAUGCAUACAUGUGUAGGUGUUUUUAUCAGGACGCCUAUGUGUUGUGUGUAUAACAAGGUGCAAUAUUUUUUGCUAUAUUCAGUGUACGUAUGUAUGUAUGUAUGUAUGUUGCUGUGUAGUCUUAUGACAUUUUUGUAAUCAAUUAAUGACAUGCAUUUAAGUAAUAAAGCCAUUUUACGUAAUAAAAAGUUUUAUGCUUUAGCCUUUCAA